AUGACUGAAAGAGUCAAUGUCAACGGCAAAAUUGCCCAAGUGGAGCAAGUCGUCACUGCUGCCUUGCGGCCCUUGCCCACCCAGACCGGCGAUGGCAGCUAUGUUCAGACGCCCAAUGUGACGGGUCUGGCUAAGGAUCUCCUUCAUUUCGAUCUGAAAGAUGCCAAAACGCUGGCCGAGGUCGCCAAAACCGCUGUGACUGGCGAGGCCAUGAACGACAGGGAUUAUAUAAUGGAACGUGUGAUCCAGCUUGCUGCUGGCCUGCCAUCGACAUCGCGAAAUGGCAAAGAGUUGACCAAUACCUUCCUUGGUCAACUAUGGGGUGAUCUUGAGCACCCACCCGUUUCCUACCUUGGACGCGAUGCGGCUUACCGAAAGGCUGAUGGAUCUGGAAAUAACCACUUCUGGCCUCAAAUUGGUGCUGCUAGCACUCCAUACGCACGAUCUGUUCGCCCGAAGACUAUGCAGUCCGCUGCUCUCCCAGAGCCCGAGGCUCUCUUUGAUAGUCUUCUGGCGCGAAAGGACUUCAAGGAGCAUCCUAACAAGAUCUCGAGUGUGCUGUUCUACCUUGCUUCAAUCAUCAUCCAUGACUUAUUCCAGACGGAUCCCCGUGAUCAAACAAAGUCAUUGACUUCUUCAUAUCUCGAUCUGUCUCCUCUUUAUGGAAACAACCAGAAGGAGCAGGACGCAGUAAGAACUUUCAAAGACGGAAAGCUCAAGCCAGACUCUUUUUCAACCAAGCGAGUACUAGGCUUCCCUCCGGGUGUUGGUGUUCUUCUUAUCAUGUUCAACCGCUUCCACAACUCCGUGGUCACACAAUUGGCGGCCAUUAACGAAUGCGGGCGCUUCACAAAGCCAGACGAGACCAACACUGAGGCUUACGCUACUUGGGACAAUGACCUCUUCCAGACCGCCCGACUGGUCACUUGCGGUCUUUACGUCAAUAUUAUUCUGAAGGACUAUGUGCGGACCAUCUUGAAUGUCAACCGAACUGACAGUACAUGGAGCUUGGAUCCACGUGCAGAUAUCAAGGACAGCUUGCUUGGAGAAGCUCCGGCACAAGCAACUGGAAACCAAGUGUCGGCUGAAUUCAACCUUGUCUAUCGUUGGCACUCUUGCAUCUCGGCCAGAGACGCAAAAUGGUCGCAGGAUCUGUACCAAGAGCUGUUCGCUGGUCAAGAUUCGACACAAAUCAAUCUGCAGCAAUUCAUGCGCGGUCUUGGUCAGUGGGAGGCCAAACUUCCAGCAGAUCCCCAAGAGCGUCCUUUCGCCAAGCUGCAGCGUCAAGCGGAUGGAAAGUUCGAUGACAAUGAUCUGGUGAAAAUUUUCCAGGAGAGCGUUGAAGAUCCGGCUGGUGCCUUCGGUGCCUUGAAUGUACCGGACGUGUUCAAGAACAUCGAGGUGCUUGGUAUCAAGCAGGCACGCUCUUGGAAUCUGGCUACCCUGAAUGAGUUCCGCCAGUACUUCAACUUGGCCCCCUAUCAAACCUUUGAGGAAAUCAACCCGGAUCCAUACAUUGCUGAUCAACUGAGACACUUUUACGACCACCCUGAUCUCGUCGAGCUUUACCCCGGUCUGAUUGUCGAAGAAGCAAAGCAACCCAUGACCCCCGGUAGUGGUCUUUGCACCAACUUCACAACCUCCAGGGCCAUUCUCUCAGAUGCAGUUGCCUUGGUUCGUGGCGAUCGCUUCUACACUGUCGACUUCACACCCAAGCAUCUCACGAACUGGGCCUACAAUGAGAUUAACAACGAUGUAUCUGUUGACGGCGGCCAAGUUUUCUACAAGCUCGCUUUGAGGGCUUUCCCGAAUCAUUUCAAAGGCGACUCGGUUUACGCGCACUUGCCCAUGGUCGUGCCCGAUGAGAACAAAAAGAUUUUGGAGAGCCUUGGUCAGGCUAAGACCUACAGUUUCGACCGGCCCUUCUACACAGCUCCCGCUGUGUUCAUCAAUUCCCACACUGCUUGCGCAGCCAUUCUCAAAGAUCAAGUCAACUACAAAGUACUUUGGGGCGAGAAGAUCCAAUUCUUGAUGGAAAACAGUGGUCGUCCUUAUGGUCGAGACUUUGCCUUAUCGGGUGAUCUCCCUGCCAACGCAGGUUCCCGCAAGAUGAUUGGAGCUGCUCUGCACCGCGAAAAGUGGGAGUCCGAAGUGAAGGCCUUCUACGAAGAUAUUACAUUGAAGUUGCUCGAACGAAACUCGUACAAAGUCGCUGGUGUGAACCAAGUUGACAUCGUUCGCGAUAUCGCCAAUCUCGCUCAAGUGCACUUCUGCGCGAGCGUCUUUUCUCUAUCUCUGAAGACGGACUCUAAUCCACGAGGAGUCUUCAGCGAACAGGAGUUAUAUCAGAUUUUAGCUGUGAUCUUUGCCUGCAUCUUCUAUGAUGUUGACGUAUUGAAAUCUUUCCAGUUAUGCCAAACGGCUCGCAAGGUCGCACAGUCUUUGGGCGAGUUGACGUUAGCCAACGUUGAGCUUGUCUCCAAGUCUGGAUUCAUUGCCAACAUUGUGAACCGUCUUCACCGUCAUGACAUCCUGAGUGACUAUGGCGUCCACAUGAUUCAGCGCUUGCUCGACAGUGGACUGCCAGUCAAAGAUGUUGUUUGGUCUCACAUCCUCCCCACAGCCGGUGCAUUGGUUGCCAACCAAGGUCAACUCUUCUCCCAGUGUCUUGACUACUAUCUUUCGGAGGAGGCUGCGGAGCAUCUGGUUGAGAUCCAGCGCUUGUCUAGAGAGGACACCCCUGAAGCAGACGAGCUUCUCGUCCGAUACUUCAUGGAGGGAGCGAGACUCCGAUGCUCUGUGGCUUUGCCACGCUUUGUCACCAAGCCAACAGUCAUCGAAGAUAACGGUGAAAAGGUCACUCUGAAGGCUGGCCAGGAGAUCAUUUGCAAUUUGGUCGUCGCUGGACGGGAUCCUGUUGCCUUCCCUGACCCCGACAAGGUCCGUCUUGACCGUGAUAUGGACCUAUACACUCACUUUGGCUUCGGUCCUCACCAAUGCCUGGGUGUCAAAAUGUGUCCCAUCGCACUAUCAACGAUGCUCAAGGUUCUUGGGCGCUUGGAUAACGUGCGUCGUGCCCCUGGUCCCCAGGGACACCUGAAGAAGCUUGAUGGGCUCGGAGGUAUCGCCAUGUACAUGGACGCCAAUCACAGCAGCUUCUCUCCUUUCCCGAUGACCAUGAAGAUUCAAUGGGAUGGGGAGCUUCCACCCAGACGGGAGAAAUGA